AUGUCUGUUUCUUAAGAAAUAUAAUCAAAAGAUUUUUUAAUUUCUCCGAAAGUAACUUCCCUAAGAUAGGGUGAUUCUACGAGGCGGAAAAUGUUUUAAGUUGGAACUAACUCAUUUUAAAUGCUACAAAAGCAGGGGGAUGAUAAUAAUCCUUCUUAGUACAUUUACUCAGAUGAUCGUUAUUAAUAAGAGCAAGAUUCUGUAAAUUAGACAAACAAUUAAAUGAAACUAACUUCUUAGAGCAUUAUGAAUAGGUCUGAUUUUAAAUUUUAAUUGAAUCGACCAUCUUUAUUAUCUGUUGAAAGAGCUAUUGAUUAAGGACAUUUAUCACCAAAAGGAUUUUUUAGUCCUAAAGAGACAAUGAGAAGUUAUAGUAAUAUUCUUUCUUCUUCGUAGUAGAAUAUAACUUCAGAAUAUGGCUUUAGAAAUAGUGGAAACAUUUUUAUGAAAUCAAAAACAGUAAAUCAAUUUAAGCGAUCUUAGACGAGGAAGGAAGAAUUUUUCGAGUAAUCCCCUAAAAAAAAGCUUCGAAAAUCAAAGACUUAGAAAAUUUGUGAUGAUACAAAAACUGAGAAUAUGUAAAAAUCAGAUAGUAAAGAGGAUAUAUACUUACCAAACUUCACGGCUUAACAAAAAUCAAAUGAGUAAAGUUAAAAGUAAAGUGAUGAUUUAAAACCAGAAAAGGGUUUGAAUUAAAAUUGGAAGAAGAGAGGUAUCUCAAUUAUUACACAGGUAUAAAAAUUUUUAACGAGACUAUAAAAUCUUUCUUUUAUAAGAAGAUACGAUAAUCAGACCUUACAUUAAUUUUAAGUCAUUAAUGAUUUAUCUGCUUUUUAUGAUGAAAAUAGAAAAAAGAAAUCAUACUAAAGAAAGGGUAUAGUUUAAUCAAUAUUAAGUCUUCUCAAAUAGGGCAUAAAUACAAAUAAAAUGAUAUAAAAAUUAACUAACCUAAUUGAUAAAAAAUUUAAAGUUUUUGAGCCUGAUUAGCUUAUAAUUAUCAUCUGGAUGCUUAUCACCAUAAAUUCAUCGUUCUUCCUUCUAUUUCUUAAUCCUCUUUUUAUGGCUUUUUAAGAUGAGAUGAUUGAUUACAAAUAUAAUAAAUCACAUAUUAUUUUUUUUUGUAUGAGCACUCUGCCAUUGAUUGUAAUGUUUGUGGAUGUUAUAAUAAGACUCAAUACAGGGUAUUAUAAGAGAGGUUUAAUUGUUGUUAAAAGGUGGAACAUCGCCAAGCAUUAUAUAAAGCACAAGCUAUGGCUAGAUAUUUUUUUAAUUUUCUUGUUUGCUAUUUAUGAUAAUACUAACAUAAAUAUUAUGAUGUUGAUAACUAUACUUUUGAUUGGAAAGAUUACAUAAAUAAUUAAAGAAUUAGAAGACGCAGUUACACUAGAUAAAAGAUAAAUGGCUUAUUAUUAACUUGUAAAGUUAAGCAUAUUAGUACUUUUUAUUGGACAUUUCUGUGGUUGCAUUUUUUGGUCAGUGGGAGUUCAAACAAAAGCACACUUAGAUUAAUCAUGGGUAGCGAAUAAGUUUGAUAAUAAAAGUUUCUAUGAGAAAUACAUAAGUAGUCUCUACUGGGCCACCGUUACGAUGCUUACAGUAGGCUAUGGAGAUAUUGUUCCUUUAAAUAAGAUAGAAAAGUAAUGUGUUAUCAUUAUUAUGAUAUUUUCAUGUGGUAUUUAUGCCUAUUUUUUAAAUUAAAUUGGUUUUCUAAUUGAAGAAAUUACAUAUGAAGAUAAGGAGUUCAAAUAAAUCUACUCUUAAGUUUCUCUUUUUCUUUAAAAAAGAAACUUAGAUGUAAAGCUUUAAACUGAGGUAAAAAGAUAUUAUUAAUAUCUGCAUUAUGAAAAGCACAACUACACAGUAAAUGGAGAAGAGCUGCUUUAACCAUUAAAAUAAUCGUUAAAAUUGAAGGUUAUGUCUAAUAUAAACUAAUAACUUUUGAUAAAAUAUAAACUUUUUAGGAAUUAGUUUUCUGAGGCAUUUUUGCAAUAAUUAGCUCUUAAAAUGAAAGAAUCAUAGUUUAAUUCAGAUGAUAAAGUCUGGGAUUCAUCUGACUUACCUUUGAACAAUAAGAUAUUUUUUGUUAUUAGAGGCUAAAUAAUAUAAAAAGUCAAUGAUUAGUUUUUAGUAAAAACAAUAGAGGAAGGAGGGUUUUUCAAUGAAAAAUGUUUUAUGAUUGAUGAAUCUCCAAAUAUUUCUUUUGUUUCUACUUGCUUGUCAUCUAUAGUCUACUUAGAUAAAAAAGAUUUCUUAGAAGUUAUUAAAAAUUUUCCUGUUGAUUACGAGAGAUACUGCAAGUUACGUGAUGGCUCAAAAUUUUCUAAUUUUUUUAACCUUGAUUCAAAAUGCGAAACUUGCAAUCUUUUUACUCACUGUUUCAAUAACUGUCCUCAAGUGAAUAUUUUCAUUAAUAAGGCUAAAAUAGUCUACAGCUUAACUCAAUGGACUCCAUAAAAAGAUAGAAUUUUUUAACAGAGAAGAUAAUAUUAAGAUUAUCUUUAACAGAGUCAAAUAAGCAACAAUCUUUAAAAUAAUAGUUAAAAGAAAGAUAUGCGAUAUAAAAGAGGAAAUAAUGCAAGAAGUUAGCACUAUUCUAUAUUAGAAAGUGUGAUUGACUAUUUGAUAAACAGAAAUCCCUUUUAAUUAGAUGAAGAUAAUCUAAUUGAGUACAUGAAAAGUAUUUUUGAAAACAAUGAUAAUUUAAAUAAUAAUGAUCCAGCAGCAGCAGCAGCAGCUUCAUCUCCAGAAUAGGGAGGAGCUAAACUAUAAGUACUUCCUUUGUAAUUAUAAAAUGCUGAUCAAAAGCUUAGAUCAUUGAUACAUCCAUAUUAAGUUUUAGGAAGUAGAUUAGUUGAUGAAAUCAACUCUAACCCUAAACCCAAUUAUAAGCCUAUUCUCUAUGCUGACGAUUAUAUAAAGUAAAACUCUGGAUAAGAAAGUUAACAGGGAAGUAUUUACUAGCCAUAUACCCAGCAGUACUCAAAGACUUCUACUCGAGGAAAUCAGGCCAGCAUAGGUGGCGCACAUUACUCUUCGCAGGGUAUUAAUACUCCAUAGCCAUCUAAUUAAUCUGGUAAUUAUGGAAAGAGAUUAAUAUAGACCAAAACAACUAGCUAAACAGAAAUUCCAUCAAAUGAGAAUUUAAAAGAUUUACCUAAUGAAAUUGACAUUAGACAUCAUGAUAAAUACAGAGAAGCUACAGAUGGUGGCAGAAGAAGAGUUUCUACUACAACGAGAUCUUAGAAUAAAGUUACACAUAGCUUAACGCAUAAUAGCUACUCUCCUUUUCCUUCAAAUAAUCAAAUGGCUCUCUCUAGUGGCGCUCAUAGUUCUUAUUCAGCUCCUCCUCCUUUAGACAGAAAUAACUCUGACAUAUCAAUCGAACGCAGUAUAAAUUAUGAUACCAUGCUGCUCCAAUCAAAUGAAUAAGAUGAGUUAAAUGUGUCAGAGGCUUUAAAAAAUUUAAAUAAAAAGAAGCAAAAUAAGAUAAACGCAAAUUCUGGAAACCCAAACAACAGCACUUUUACUAUACUUGAAGAAGAAACGUAAGAAAAUCAAACUAACUUCUAAAAAACAUUAUUUAUGAACAACACAAAUAUAGAAAGAGAUAAUACCUUAACAUUAUCAAACAACUAAAACGAAGGUUCGAGUAUAUAACAAACGGAUUUAUACCCAAAAAUAAAAGAUGAAAAUUCUCUACCAUUUAUACUUAAUGGAAAAAUAAAUUUCGAUACUAGUAUAAACAUAAAUAUGAAUAAUAUAGUAAGCAGUUAAAAUAAUGUAAUGUCUUAACAAAAUAAUAUCAUUUAAAACUAAGUUAAUACUCCAAACACAAUCACUACUCCUAAUACAACUCAUAUGACAAAAAGAAAUUCGAUUUCGAACAAAUAUUUAAAUUACAUAAGGACUAGCAGUAACAGCAUUCCAGCAAAUCCGAUUUCACCUAUAAAUAGCAAUAACAAAAGAAAUGGUUUUCCAAAUAAAACGUUCGUUUAUCCUACUGUUACUAAAACAGAAGAAGGAAAUUUUAUUCGCUUAAAUUCUAAUGUUAAUUCAAAAGGAGGUGGUAGUCAAUAUGGAAAUUAACCAGUAGGUGAAGAAGCACCUAACUCAGUUAGAAAUAGAAAGAAAACGGAAAGUAGUUUUAAUAAAUAGCAUUCCUAUCUUAAAUACUUAAACAGGAUUAAAGAAGACGCAACACCAAAAAAUAAUUCCAAACCUAAGCUUGGCUCAAAUAAUUUUAUACCUUCACUUUAAAAUUUGCAUGCAUAACUAUAUGAAGAAGAAGUUAUAUUCGUUUCUCCUCUAACUCAUGAAUUCUCAGACAUACCAAACUUAGAUAAAUAUCAUAUCUACUCUGAUUACUUUCCUCAUAAUAACAUUGAUAAAGUCAUGAAUGUCCUCAAAUAAAAAUAUGAACUUAUCGAAAAAGAAAGAAAUAAGAAGAAAAGCGAAUCACAUCUAUCAAAACUCGAAAAGUUUAUGUUAAAAUUCAACACAAAACGAAAUAGUAGCAAAAAAACAAGAUAAUCGAUGGCUCCUAUACGUUCAAAAACAAAAAAAAGAACAGUAUAAAAUUCUGGUAUUUUCUUGUAAAAAUCCGCAUUCCAUUAAUAACAUUCAAUAAAAUAAUUGCAAUGA